UUGGCCUGGUCAUUCAAACAGUAGAUUCUGAGGCAAUAAAGUGUGGACAUCCCUGCUGUAAACUGUUCAUGUGUGUCUGUCAGUGUGAAUGAUGUCACUGAAUAUACAGUGUGUUAUAUAGUGUAGUGUAGAUGUCAAAGGGUUGAGAUUGUUUUAGACAGUAUGGUGUUGUUAGUCCAGGGUGACGUGGACAGUCAGGAGUGAAAAUCAAAGUAAAAGUAGAUAAAAAACACAUCAACUGCCCCUAUAAACACAAUCUGAUCAAACAGAAAUCAUUCACAGUGACAGGAGAGUGGCUCAGGUUCACAACACUGACAGGGAAGUGACGAGGCUCCUUCCAGCCGUCGCCUCUCAUUUAAGACUGAACAAAAGACCGUUUUCUGAUUCUCACUCCGAACAUGAAAUAAGUCCAGAGCAUCAACGAGAACACUUUCAAAUGAUAAGAAAAUGUGAUGAAAAUAACAGGACAGCACCAUUUACCACGGCAUCAGGAGAGGACAAACAUCGUUCUUUAAGUACGUCAUUAGAGGGAAAAAAUAAAACCUUGUCACUAAUGGAAAGAGUAGUGCAAAACAGAGCAGCUGUGAUGUGUGGUUCAGAGACAGUGUCUGUGUCUAACAGACCAAAGACUGAGUUGGAGGUGGAGGAGGAGGAGAUGAAGAUGCUGAGAGCUUCACUGGGAGUGACCAGGAUGGACAGGGUCAGAGAUGGUCUGCAUAACCCUUUUUCUGUGAUUUUUUUUUCUCAGAAAGCUGUCCUACCACAUCAAACAUCUAACCCAGGCCUCCCACAGUCAACACAGAGCGAUGGAAGAAAAGGUCUGUACGUCUGCAGCACCAAUGGACUCUGGUAACCCUCUUCUCAGAGCCGUCUUCCUGCGUCGCCUCCGAUUAACCCGCCUGCUCCUGGAGGGAGGCUCAUACAUCAACGAGAGUGACAGCCAGGGCCAAACGCCCCUGAUGGUGGCCUGCAGGACCCAGCACUGUGACGCUCAGAGCGCCAGCCGAGUCAAACUGGUGCAGUUCCUGCUGGAGAAAGGAGCGGACCCCAACAUCCAAGACAAGGAGGGGCUGACGGCGCUGAUGCACGCCUGCAGGGAGCGGGCCGGGCCCGAGGUGGUGUCUCUGCUCCUGGACGGUGGAGCGGACAUUAACCUGGAGGACCAGUCUGGCAGGUCUGCACUGGUCCACGCCGUCAUGGCCGGGGAGCGGGUGGUCCUGAAGUUGUUACUUGAAGCUUGUAAGGCCAAAGGGAAAGAUGUGAUCAUCAUUGCAACUGAUAAGUUUCCAGUUGGAGAAAUAGAAGCCAAUCAGUACUUGAGCGUCUCAGGCCCCGGGUCUGUGGACCAGACCACUGCUGCAGCUCCUGCCUCCCCCUCUGAGAUUCAGCUCAUCACCUCCCCCCAGAGCACCUCCUCUUCUUUAUGUCCCCCCAAACCUGUCUUCUCCUUCAGAGAAGCUAAGUCCUGUUGCCUGAGCUCUAAUCCAGGUUCCCCAUCUCGGUACCAGGGACCCUCGCUUUCGUCAAAUGAAAAAGUUCCUUUGAGAGUGUCCACGCAAGAGAAAGAGAUCGACAGCUGCGAGGAUGAUGAGGAAAGACUGGCCGGUAACAAAGGAGCUCAGAGACAAUGUAAAGGAAACAGUACCAAACACGGCAGACAAAAGAUCUCUUUGCCAGGUCUCCUAUCGACCCACUCAGCUUCACACCCUAACCUCCACCAUGUCAACCUGGGAGCUGACUUGGCAGCUUCCUCGUCAUUCUCCUGCCUGUCUAGUGCGAAGGUCCACAGCCUUUCACCUCACGGUACGGCUUCAUCCAGCCUUCACAGUAUCCUCCAGAGGACCAAGCUGGGUGCAGACAUCUACAACUCCGACCCCCAACUCGCCGGCUACUCCCAUCAUAUCCCCACAGAGAACAAGAAGCUGGCUCCACUACACCGCUCCAGUACACUGUGCUCCAGGGAGCCUCCCUUCGUCCUGGGUCCAAACAGCAAAGUGCUGUCCAGGUUCAACAGAAGAGGUUCUGACGCCUUCCUGUUGGAGCAAAGCUCUCAGGCCAAGCCAAGGUCUUUGCCGCCUCUGUCCAUCGGCACCCUCAAUGCCCCCAACCCUAAUAAUUACUCCUUUGGAUCCAAGGCUGGAGUGGGUUUCCCCGGGGAGAGGUUUCUCCCCUCCGCUCCUCCUGGACAGUCCACGGAGCUGAGCAGGAGGAGGCUCCUGAGGAGACACUCGAUGCAGACAGAGCAGUUUAAAACCACAGCCUGAACGUCUGUCCAUCUGUGCACUUCACUGUCGUCUGUGUUAUGAUAUCAAUUGUGCGCUUACAUACGGUAUAUGAAUGUGGUUCACUAACAGCACCGCUCCAGAGUUGUAGGCUUUACUGAACAGCGCACUGUCUCUUCUGCAGCAUUUAAACAACAACGUCGAGUGUUUCUCCAGCCAUUCUGGAGGCAUUAACCUGAAGGAGUUUCAACUCCGAUGCAGUGUUCAGUCCAAUCCCAGGAGGCCGUCAUAGGUGACGCCGCCACCCAGUCCAGACCAAUCAGAACUUUGGUCAAACCCACAAUGCUCAAACUCCUAACGCUGCCAUCUUGUUAAAUCUAUUGUCAAUGUAGUUUUGCUCACAGGACGCAGGAGUUCACUGUUUAAGGACACGUUAAUCUUUGCUUGUCUUAUCCAGGACGUACCAGGAUCUAAUUAAGGUGGAAAAUACUGUAUUAUAAAAAAAAAAACACCAAAGUAAUAAAACAAAUACAUUUCCUUUAGUAACUGUAUCUGGUAUGACUAGACUCCAUCAACUAUUACUAAGUACUUAACAAUAUGUGCAUAUACAGUACUGAGGUAGUUUUACCUGCUUCUCCUACCAAAAUGUCUGCCGCAGGUCAUUUUGGUCUAGAUGUUGGAUCAGUUCUGGGAUGUUUUAAGAUCAAGGAAUCUUAGCCGAGGAAUCCUGAAAAAAAUAAAAACAGCUGACAAGUCCAUGAAUUAACACAAUCAAUACAGAAUGUAUAUGAAUAUUUAGGUGAA